AUGUGGCAGCUCGUGUUCCUCACGCUGAGCUGGGACCUGGUCCCGGCCGCAGCCCACAGCCUCCACAGGAGCAUGGACGGCGUGGGGCGGCGGCAGUACCAGGUGCAGCACGGCGCCUGCAGCUACACCUUCCUGCUGCCCGAGACGGACAACUGCCGCCCGCCCGCCAGCUCCUACGUGCCCAACUCGGUGCAGCGGGACUCGCCGCUCGACUACGACGACUCGGUGCAGAGGCUGCAGGUGCUGGAGGGCAUCAUGGAGAACAACACGCAGUGGCUGAUGAAGCUGGAGAGCUACAUCCAGGACAGCAUGCGCCGGGGCGCGGCUGCACUGCAGCAGAGCGCCACGCACAACCAGACGGCCGCCAUGAUGGAGAUCGGCUCCAGCCUCCUCAACCAGACGGCGGCGCAGACACGCAAGCUGACGGACGUCGAGGCCCAGGUGCUGAACCAGACCACGAGACUGGAGCUCCAGCUUCUGGAACAUUCCCUGUCCACCAACAAACUGGAGAAGCAGAUCCUGGACCAGACCAGUGAAAUAAACAAGCUGCAGGAUAAGAACAGCUUUCUAGAGAAGAAAGUGCUCGACAUGGAAGGCAAGCACACGGUGCAGCUCCAGUCCAUGAAGGAGGAGAAGGACCAGCUGCAGGUGCUGGUGUCCAAGCAGAACUCCAUCAUCGAGGAGCUCGAGAAGCAGCUGGUGACGGCCACCGUGAACAACUCGGCCCUGCAGAAGCAGCAGCACGACCUCAUGGAGACCGUGCACAGCCUGCUGACCCUCGUGUCCACGUCGGCCGCAGCCCGGCCGGCCCCAGCCACGAAGGAGGUGCAAGUAGCUUUCCGAGACUGCGCGGAGGCCUUCAAGUCCGGCCUGACCACCAGCGGCGUCUACACGCUGACGUUCCCCAACUCCACGGAGGAGACAAAGGCCUACUGCGACAUGGAGUCUGCCGGAGGGGGGUGGACCCUCAUCCAGCGGCGAGAGGACGGCAGCGUGGACUUCCAGCGGACUUGGAAAGAGUAUAAAGCGGGCUUCGGGAACCCAGCGGGCGAGCACUGGCUGGGGAACGAGUUUGUCUCCCAGGUGACCACCCAGAAGCGCUACGUGCUGAGGAUCCGCCUGGCCGACUGGGAGGGCAACGAGGCCCAGGCCCUGUACGAGCACUUCUCCCUCUCGGGCGAGGACCUCAACUACAGGAUCCACCUCAAGGGCCUCACGGGGUCGGCCGGCAAGAUCAGCAGCAUCAGCCAGCCGGGGAGCGACUUCAGCACCAAGGACGUGGACAGGGACCGGUGCAUCUGCAAGUGCGCACAGAUGCUCACAGGAGGCUGGUGGUUCGACGCGUGUGGCCCCUCCAACCUCAACGGAAUGUACUACCCCCAGAGGCAGAGCACCAACAGGUUCAACGGCAUCAAGUGGUACUACUGGAAGGGCUCGGGCUACUCGCUCAAGGCCACAGCCAUGAUGAUCCGGCCCGCGGACUUCUGA